AUGGACUUCUCGCCCAAUAACAGAUCCCAAGAACUCUUCCCCGCCCAGCAGCGAGCCGCAAUUCCACUUGCUGGUUUCGCAAGAACAUCCCUCAAGCCUAAGAGGAAAUGGGUAUUGACCCCCAACCCAAUAAUGGCCAACAUGGUGAAGACCAUCUGGCAAUUCAAAGAAAUAAAUGAGGCUGGAGACACACCAACAGGAACUGAGAGCCAGGCUCAGGGCAGCAAGGAGGAAUUUGGAAAGUCUACUAGCAUCCCCCCAAAGAAGAAAGCUAUCCCUUUCCAUGGAGUUGAGCCCCAUAUUACCAGUGAAAGCCCUAAUCUGAACUUGAAGCGUUCUUCUGCUUCUACUAAUGUUUCUCUCCUGAAUCUAACUGAUGAGGAACAUGAUGAUUCCAUCAGUGAGAAUGAAUCCACAGAUAAUGAGGGCCUGCCGUGGGGAGCAGGAGAUGAAAGACGGGAUCCUCUGCUUCCCAUGAAGCCAGCUUGGUCAGAAGAUGAAGAUGAUACUUCUAGCCAACGGGAAAGCUGCCAAAAGGUGACAAAAUCUGUGGAGGAUGCUGAAAUAAAGACCAGUGUGCUGGAAGAAAACUCAACCCUCUUGGAGGAGAAACUGCGUAACUUACAGCAACAGGUUCAAGUAGAAGACUUUCGUUGGAAAUGCAUGCUGGAGCUAGCCCAGAAGGAGGUGUUGCGGCUAUUGGCCCAGUUGGGGAUACGCUUGGAAGGAGUGCUUCCCCAGAGGGAAAGGACACAAGUGGAACAAGGCCAAGCACUCAGGAUGCUGCGGGAGGAACUGGAUGAAGUCUCUGCCACGGCAAAGCGGGCAUCAGUAUCUCUAACUCAGCUCCGUGUAGACCUGGAUGGGCUCUGGCAGGUGAAUCCACUCUUGGAAGAUGUAUCCCGAUAUCUUGGUACACUCAAGAACAUAGAAGCGCUUAAUUGGCCUCCUCCUACUUGUGCUAGAUGUUCCAGCUACAGCAUUGCGAAUACAGAGGUGCUGCAAAAGAUGUUCGAGCAUGCGACAGCACCAAUUUUGGAGGAGCUGAAGCAGCAGGCCCAAUCAGAAGGCAUAUGCCCCAGCUGUCAGCAUUUGUAG